AUGAAGCUUCUUCAUAAACAUAUUUGCAUCUUCUUGUUUCUUUUAAGUUUAAUUUCAAGUUCACAGGGCUAUACAUUUUAUGCUGGUGGAAAAGAUGGAUGGGUUUUGAACCCUUCUGAAAGUUACAAUCAAUGGACUGGGAGGAAUAGGUUCCAAGUCAAUGAUAUUCUAGUUUUUAAGUACAAGAAGGAGUCAGACUCAGUGUUGGUGGUGAACAAAGAGGAUUAUGAUAAGUGCAACAAGAAGAAUCCAAUCAAGAAAUUUGAAGAUGGUGAUUCUGAGUUUCAGUUUGAUAGAUCUGGUCCUUUUUAUUUCAUUAGUGGAAAAGAUCAUAAUUGUGAAAAUGGUCAAAAGUUGACUGUUGUGGUGUUGGCUGUAAGACAAACUCCUCCUUAUGUGUCUGCUCCACCUCCUAAGGUUCUUCCUACACCUCCUUAUCUUCCAAUUACACCUCCCAAAACACCUUCUCCUAUUUACACACCCCCCAAAAAUACUCCUUCACCUACUAAUCAGCCACCCUAUGUACCAAUAACACCUCCCAAAACACCUUCUCCCAUUUACAAUCCGCCUAAUGUUCCUUAUACUCCCCCCAAAGCACCAUCUCCUAAAAAUGAACCACCCUAUGUACCAAUCACACCUCCAAAAGCCCCUUCUCCGGGGAAUGAACCACCAUAUAUACCAAUUACACCCCCUAAAACUCCUUCUCCUAUUCACACUCCUCCUAAUGUUCCUUAUACUCCUCCAAAAGCUCCUUCUCCUGGAAAUGAACCACCAUAUACACCAAUUGCACCUCCAAAAACACCUUCUCCUACUCACACCCCUCCUAAUGUUCCAUAUACUCCUCCAAAAUCACCUUCUCCUGGAAAUGAACCACCAUAUACACCAAUUGCACCUCCAAAAGCACCUUCUCCUACUCACACCCCUCCUAAUGUUCCAUAUACUCCUCCAAAAUCACCUUCUCCUAUUCACACUCCUCCUAAUGCUCCAUAUACUCCUCCAAAAGCACCUUCCCCUGGCAAUCAACCACCCUACGUACCAAUUACACCACCAAACACUCCUUCUCCUAUUUACACCCCUCCAAAUCAUCCCCAUACUCCUCCAAAAGCACCUUCCCCUAGCAAUCAACCACCCUAUGUACCAAUUACACCACCAAACACUCCCUCUCCUAUUCACACCCCUCCAAAUCAUCCCUACACUCCUCCAAAAGCUCCUUCCCCUAAAAAUGAACCACCAUAUACACCAACACCUCCCAAAACACCUUCUCCUAUCUCUCAACCACCUUAUGUACCAAUUACACCACCAAAAUCUUCUUCUCCUAUUCAUAAUUCUCCUAAUGUUCCUUACACACCUCCAACAACUCCUUCCCCUAGCAACCACUCUCCAAAAACCCCUUCUCCAAUUUCUCAACCUCCAUAUGUUCCAACACCUCCAAAUACUCCUUCUCCAACAUCAUCACAAGCACCUUAUAUUCAAACACCUCCAAACACUCCUUCUCCAACAUCACAACCACCAUACAUUCAAACACCACCAAACACUUCUUCACCAAGAUCACAACCACCUUACAUUCAAGCACCUUCAAACUCUCCUUCAUCAACAUCACAACCACCAUACAUUUCAGCCCCUCCAAAAAGUUCUCCAUCUGCAUCACCUUAUAUUCAAACACCUCCAGGUGCUCCUUCACCAAUUUCACAACCUCCAUAUAUCCAAACACCACCAAACACUCAUUCACCAACAUCUCAACCACCUUACAUCCAAACUCCACCAACCACCUCUUCUCCAUCAUCUUCCCAAUCACCUCAACAAUCCUCUCAGCCUCCAUCAACAGCACAAACACCCUCUGGAAAUGGAAUAGCACCAUCUCCACUAUCUCCAUACCCAUCAAACAACUCACCAUCACCAUCAACUUCACCUCUGGCAAGUUCACCAGCAUCAACAUCUACUUCACCACCGGCUUCCGCUCCAGCAAGCUCGCCAAUAUCAACAACUACAUCACCUCCUGUUCCCGCUCCGGUAGGUACGCCGGAGUCAACCACUACUCCAACAGCAUCUCCUACAGGGUCCCUCCCGGCCGCAACAACUCCAUCACCUUCUUCCACUACCCCUGGAACUGGAACACGAGGAACACCGUCAUCUACCAUCACAGGAAGUCCAUCACCAGCAUCAUCCAAUGAAACGGCGCCAGGGAAGUCAAGCGGAGUAUCAUAUACAAGUCCGUCGGGGGUAUGGGCUUACUCCAUUACAAUUUUGGUCGGUGCUGCACUCACUAUUAUUCUUGGAUAG